AAGCACUCGCACAAGCACGUCCUUUUCGUUCGUCCUCAGUGCAGGAUAACGAAGCUGUCUUCUUUGCAUCGUCUCCUAAAACCAGGCGUUUUAGUCCGAGUCUAACACUAGAUCCGCUCCGCUGCUGUCACCCUGUCCACUACGCGACUGUUGAAGAGGAUUACGUCAUUAAAGCGUGAAGUUUUUACGAGAACUUCAAGUGGACGGGGAAAAAAGUAUGGGAGUGAUUACUCUGUCGAGGAAUGUAGAGAGGGUUAUGACACAGGCAUAUACAUCCCUGCACAAGAGUCACCACUGCUGACAUGGAUGUGAUUGUGCGGCGCUGUCCAUUCCUGGCUCGUGUGCCUCAGGCCUUCUUCCAGCAGUCCAAAACGUCCAUGAUUGUGUACGCCCAGCGAUGCCCCCUCAUGAUGGAGCUGGCUGCUAAACCUAUGGCUCCAUCAAUGGCUCGGGCCCUCUGCUCCUCCUCCUCCUCCUCCUCCUCCUCCCACCAGAAGACUCAGGACAUCAUGUCUGCUGAAGGCCUUAAACAGGAAGCGGAGCCCAAGCUGCCAGGUGGCCACUCUAUGCUGUCCUCAGGCCAGGCGGUGGCCUCCAAAUGCCCUUUUCUGGCUGCUGAGAUGGGCCAAAAGAACAGCAGUGUGGUCCGCCAGGUCAGCAUGGAGUUCCAAGAGGAUGUCCAGGAAGUCCGCACAGUCAAGAAAGAAGUGUCCCCUGCCCAGCUGAAGCCGUCCCUGGCCAGCACCAUUAAGGGCAGCGGAGGGGAGAAAACUAAUCUAUUGAAGACUCUCCUGAAACAGAGACCGAAAAGCGUCUCCCACUUGCUGCAGGACAACUUGCCAGGCAGUUUGUCCCGCUACCAAUACGAUGAGUUUUUCGAGAAGAAGAUAGAAGAGAAGAAGAGUGACCACACAUAUCGUGUGUUCAAGACUGUGAACCGCCUGGCCAACGAGUUCCCCAUGGCCGACGACUUCACUGGCUCUUUGGAGCAAAAGAGGGACGUGUCCGUUUGGUGCAGCAACGACUACCUGGGCAUGAGUCGACACCCACGGGUGGUGCAGUCCAUCAUGGAUACUUUACAAAAGCAUGGGUCUGGGGCAGGAGGCACCAGGAGCAUUGCUGGGACCAGUAAGUUCCAUGUGGAACUUGAACUGGAACUGGCUGACCUUCACAAGAAGGACGCUGCACUGCUCUUCACCUCAUGCUUUGUCGCCAAUGACUCCACCCUCUUCACCCUUGCCAAGAUGCUACCUGGCUGUGAGAUCUACUCUGAUGCGGGCAACCACGCCUCAAUGAUCAUGGGCAUCAAGAACAGUGGUGUUAAGAAAUUCAUUUUCCGCCACAAUGACGUCGCCAAUCUCCGAGAGGUUCUCCAGAAGGGAGACCCCAACAAACCGAAGAUCGUGGCCUUUGAGACUGUCCAUUCCAUGGAUGGCGCCGUGUGUCCGCUGGAGGAGAUGUGCGACUUGGCCCACGAGUUUGGUGCCAUCACCUUCGUAGACGAGGUUCACGCUGUGGGCCUGUACGGCGCCAGAGGAGGGGGCAUUGGAGAAAGGGAUGGCGUCAUGCACAAGAUGGAUAUCAUCUCUGGGACAUUAGGCAAGGCUUUCGGCUGUGUGGGCGGCUACAUCGCGAGCACCGCUUCACUGGUGGACACGGUGCGUUCCUACGCUGCGGGUUUCAUCUUCACCACCUCUCUGCCACCGAUGCUUUUACACGGAGCCAGGAACUCCAUCCAGGUUCUUAAAGGGGAGGAGGGCCGCACUCUGAGACGUAAACACCAGCGCAACGUCAAGCUGCUCAGACAAAUGCUGAUGGACUCUGGGCUGCCGGUGGUUCACUGCCCCAGCCACAUCAUCCCAGUCCGGGUAUCCAAUGCAGAGAAAAACACAGAGGUGUCUGACCUCAUGAUGAGUCGCCACAACAUCUACGUCCAGGCCAUCAACUAUCCCACCGUUGCCAGGGGCGAGGAGCUCCUCCGUAUCGCCCCAACCCCUCACCACACCCCUGAGAUGAUGAAAUACUUUGUUGAGAAGCUGGUGCACACAUGGAAGGAGGUGGGCUUAGGACUGAAGCCCCAAUCCUCAGCAGAGUGCACCUUCUGCCAGCAGCCGCUGCACUUUGAGGUGAUGAGCGACCGUGAAAAGUCUUACUUCAGCGGCCUCAGCCACCUCAUCUCAGCCUGCGCAUAACACUACUGCCGGCUAGAGAGGGCACAUACAUACUCAACACCCAUUCCUCUUAUCACUGUCAUAGAAUGUAUUAUCUUUGAUAAGUCCUUCUACACAUAUGAUUUAAUAUAUUCUAUGUUCAGAUGUUCUAUAUGCUCAGAAUAAAAUACGAGAUGGAAAGAAAA